UAUAAAACCGUAAACUCAGCGAAGGAAAGAGGUCAGAGGCGAAUUCUCGUUUACUUGUGUGGGUAAUGAUAGUUGAUUCUGCAUCAGCUACAAAGCGCCAGAGAUUCACCGUCGUUGAUCCAAUGGAGUUGGAAUCAGCUAAGGCGAAGCUUGCUGCUGCAAAAGAAAAGUUUGGAUGUGAAAUCCGUGUAUUUGAAACAGCAACAGCUUCUUCAGUGCCUCCUGAUGUUUCCAGCAAUGUGUUAGAGGAGCCCGAAGACUUCUAUGAGUUCACUCCGGAGGAUUAUUAUCGACUUUUGGGAACUAAAAAAGAAGAGAAGCACUUGAAGACGAAGAAAAUUCGUGAGGCAGAAGAAGCUGUGCGCAGAGCAAGGAUAACUAAGGCUGUAAUCAGAGUACGCUUCCCGGAUAAUUAUAUAUUGGAGGCCACAUUUCAUCCGUCAGAGACAAUCAAGAGCUUACUUGACCUUCUUGUGAAAGUGAUUGCUCGCCCUGAACUGCCUUUCUAUAUCUAUACCACUCCUCCUAAGAAGCAAAUAAAAGAUUUUUCUCAGGAUUUCUAUUCUGCUGGAUUUAUUCCUGGUGCUGUUGUUUAUUUCUCUUACGAUCUACCCAAAGGUGAUGAUGGUGCUGCAGCAUCAGGAUCCUAUCUUCAAGAAGAGGUCAUGUCUUUGCAAGGAUUGGAUUCUAUGAUAGAGAAGAUGGAGCCUGGUGAACCUAGCAGAGGUGAAUCUCCAACAACCAAACCCCCUCCUUCAGUGCCAGAUCAAAAGCCUGCUGCUGAUAAGAAGAAAAUUAAGCCAAAGUGGUUGAAACUGUGAUAUGGUCGAUGAUCUCAGGGUUAUACUAUUACUCUAAUCCAGUGUUAUAUGUGAUUCAUAGCUUGUUCUGUAUGUAAUCAGUUGUCACUUUGCUUCAGAUGGAUAGUCACUUGCUGGAGUUGUAUGACAAAAGCUUUUCUUGUUUUGUAUGUAAUCAGUCGUCACUUAGCUUCAGAUGGAUAGUCAGUUGCUGUCCAGUAUGCGAAAAGAGGAGGUUUGAACUUGGAAAUAUUCAAAUAUAGAUUUGAAGUCUAACUUUAGAUACUUGUUUACUUGAUCUGUCCAUAACCAAAUAUAAGGUAUUACAGUGUUUUACCAAAA